AAUAUAUCUGCCGGGCCAACCGGGUCAUCGUAGGGCCUAAGGUCAGGAAAUGUCUUCCUGAUGGCAGCUGGACUGAUCUCAGUCAGCGCAGCAAGUGCUCUGCCGGAGGUCGUGUUGAAAAUGCUUCCUUUCGGCUCCUGUUUUCAUUUACAUGCAUAUUGAAGCAUGUGAUUUGCCAACAAAAACUGAGAGACCCAUAAUUCAUUUAUAGAUGUCAAGCUCGUACACAGCUCUGGGCUGGAGUCUGUUUCGGGUGUUGCGUCAUGGCAACUCGCCAACGUUAGAAAUAACGCAGAGGGAACUGGCGAAGAGAUAAUUAGAUGGUUAGGAUUAGUAUGACAGUAAUUCAAAGAGAUGAGUUUAGAGACGAGGUAUUGGACUGGAUGGGUAGUGCUCUAGACUCACAGCUCCUGGUUUCGACUCUCCAAAUGCUACUUUCUUUUGGGUUCUCUGGAUUCUUCCCACCUCCAAAAACAUGCUAUUAGGUUAACUGGCAGUUCUAAAUUGUUUGUGUGUAGGAAUGGUGUCAGGUGUGGAUGCUACAGUAGAAACAAAAUCCAGACCCAAAUGCAUGGAUAGAAGACAGACAUGGGUUUUAUUAUUAAAAAUCACAAAACCACUAGACACUAGUUAAACACUGGUUAACAAGACACAAGAAAAAGGAAUCAGCAAACCAUGUCAGACAACAGGUAUAAAUAGGGGAGGUAAUUAGUGAAACAUAAGAAUCAGGUGUGCUAUAGCAAGAACAGGCUAAGGAUAUGGUGGAGCAAACACACCUGAAAACACGAAACAUAAACAAACCCCUCCUGGAUCACCCCUAGUGUUCUGGCAGGGAAUUGUCCAAGCUAUUAUGACACAUGGUUCUCAUUUGAUCUGAAAUGAGAUUGUUCCUCUGACAAGCUUAUCCAUGACCCUGUCCAGUGAUUUUGAUAUUGAUGAUGAUUCUGUCCUGUUGCUCUGAAUAACUUUGUGAAGUGUGUUUUCUUCUCCAACCACAUAUAUGUAAUCAUGUUAUCACUGUGUUAAUAAAAAUGUCUUGUUCUUCAUCAUGACAGACAUGAACUUCCUUGAGGUUUAGAGUACAUUAAACAUGAAUAUCUGUUAAACAUCAAUUGCUUAAUACAGUGCAUUUUACCAGUGUUAGUAAUAACAUCAGUGUAAUGCUAUUUUUAUUUAUUUUUUUGUUGCUAUUUUUUAAUAAUUAUAUGUUCAACAGCAAUCUGUUUAAUCGUACAGAUGACUUACCAUUACUGCAGGUGUAAAAAAAAAUACUUCAUUAAUGACAGGCAGAUAUUCUUCCUCUAGCUCUUCCUCUAUUUCAUUCAGCUAUAUGAGCAUUAGUGAGAUCAGACACUGAUGAUGUAAAAGUGAGGAGGUCUGAGGUUCAGUCAGUGUUCCAGUUCAUCCUAAAGAUGUUUGUUGGGGUUGAGACAGAGUCAGGACUCUAUGCAGGAUACUCAAGUUCUUCCACUUCCAAAGAGUGUUAAGGUAACACGCAAUAUCAUGGAGCUCAGGGACUUGUGCACAGGGGAGUGGUCAAGCUGGAACACUGUUUGAGUCUUUUAGUUCCAGUGAAGGAACAUUGAACAGCUACAGCUUACAAGACGUUUAAGAUAAUUGUGUGCUUCUAACUUUGUUGGGAACAAUCUGGGGAACAACCACAUAUGAGUGUGAUGGUCAGGUGUCCAGAAGGGUUCAGAAAACAAAUCCAAAAGGAGUUCAGCAGUCCAAGGCAAUCAGAACUCACAAAUGAAGACAGAAGCAAAAGUCAUAGUAUUAAUAGCAACAGGUAGAAAUACACAUGCCAAGAAGUUGCACAUAUUAGUUUGGACACUGAACAAAUGAGGUCUAACAGGUGAGCUUAUAACAUCUGGAUAAUGUUCAGUAGAUCUAAUGUCCAGAAUGAAAGAAGAGGUAGCUUUGUGGUGGCUGAUAGUUCAGUAGUGGAUUUAGAUGUGUAAGUUGAGACAACAGUACCACAAUAUCACAUUAUAACACAUGAGAAGUUUUCAGAGAAAAAGAAAGAGAGAGAGAGAGAGAGAGAGUGUGUGUGUGUGUGUGUGUGUGUGUGUGUGUGUGUGUGUGUGUGUCAGUACUUCCAUGUGCACAGGUGUGGACAUCUCUGGAGAACGGACGUGUAGUAGUGUCCCCACCUGGCCCGGCAGUCGAGGGCACCGUCCUGAGAUACAGCUGUCUAAAUGGCUUCAUCCUCGAGGGCAGGAACACAACGCAGUGCAACAAACAGGGCACGUGGGACUCACCCAAACCCACCUGCCGCUACAACAGACACUACACAGGAAAGAAGAAGCUCUACAUCGGCGCUUUGUUCCCCAUGAGUGGAGGAUGGCCUGGGGGUCAAGCGUGCCUCCCUGCCGCUCAGAUGGCUCUGGACUUGGUGAACAAGAGGACAGACAUUCUGCCGGACUACGAGCUCGAGCUGAUCUACUACGAUAGCAGGUGUGACCCUGGAGAAGCCACCAAAUUGCUGUACGACUUGCUCUACACGGAGCCUAUAAAAAUCGUCCUGAUGCCCGGCUGUAGCUCAGUGUCCACGCUGGUGGCUGAGGCGGCCCGGAUGUGGAACCUCAUAGUGCUGUCGUACGGCUCCAGUUCUCCGGCACUUUCCAACCGUCAACGCUUCCCCACGUUCUUCCGUACGCACCCGUCUGCCACGUUGCACAACCCCACACGUGUGCAGCUCUUCCAGAAGUGGAAGUGGACCAAGAUCGCCACCAUCCAGCAGACCACUGAGGUCUUCACCUCUACUCUAGAUGAUUUGGAGCAGAGGGUGAAGGAGGCUGGAAUUGAGAUCAGCGUGAGACAGAGUUUCCUCACCGACCCUGCUGUGGCUGUCAAGAACCUUAAGCGCCAGGAUGCUCGGAUCAUCGUGGGUCUGUUUUAUGAGACGGAGGCCCGGAAAGUCUUCUGUGAGGUCUAUAAGGAGAAGCUGUACGGAAAGAAGUACGUCUGGUUCCUGAUCGGUUGGUACGCCGACAACUGGUUCAAGAUAAAAGACCCGUCAAUCAACUGCACCGUGGAGCAGAUGACGGAGGCGGUAGAAGGCCACGUUACCACGGAGAUAGUCAUGCUCAACCCUGAGACGGUUCGAGGAGCCUCCAAUCUGACCUCGCAGGAAUUCUUGACCCAGCUGAUGUCUAAACUGGGAGGGAAGAACCCAGAAGAAACAGGAGGAUUUCAGGAAGCGCCGCUUGCCUAUGACGCAGUGUGGGCUCUCGCUCUGGCACUCAAUAAGACUGUUGGACCAUUAAGGGCCAGAGGCCGCAGGCUGGAGGACUUUAACUACAACAAUAAGGACAUUACUGCUGAGAUUUACCGUGCCCUCAACACCAGCUCAUUCGAGGGAGUCUCUGGUCACGUUGUGUUUGACGCACAGGGAUCGAGAAUGGCCUGGACUCUGAUUGAGCAACUGCAAGGAGGGAGCUAUAAGAAGAUCGGAUAUUACGAUAUGACCAAAGGCAAUCUCUCCUGGUACGGGAACGACAAGUGGAUAGCUCCUGAUUCCUUUGGCCCUGGUCCUCCGGCAGAUCAGACGGUGGUGAUCAGGAAAUUCAGAUUCCUGUCUCAGAAGCUCUUUGUGUCUGUGUCAGUGUUUGCUGGCCUGGGCAUCUUACUGGGCAUCGUGUGCCUCACGUUCAACAUCUACAACAGCAAUGUCAGGUACAUCCAGAACUCGCAGCCGUACCUGAACAACAUGACGGCCGUGGGCUGUAUGAUGGCUCUGGCUGCCGUGUUUCCUCUGGGGAUCGACGGGCUUCACGUCCGUCGCUCUCAAUUUCCUGUAGUGUGCCAGUUCCGCUUGUGGCUGCUGGGGCUCGGCUUCAGUCUGGCCUACGGCAGCAUGUUUACCAAAAUCUGGUGGGUUCACACGGUUUUCACCAAGAAAGACGAGAAGAAAGAUAGACGGAAGCAGCAUCUGGAGCCCUGGAAGCUCUACGCAACAGUCGGUGUGCUUCUGGUUAUUGACGUCCUCUCCCUCAUGAUCUGGCAGAUUGUGGAUCCGCUGCACAUCACAGAGGAGAAGUUCACAAGAGAGGCGCCUAAAGAAGACCUGGACGUGUUGAUCGAGCCGCUGCUGGAACACUGCAGCUCUGAGAAGAUGAACACGUGGCUGGGGGUGGUUUAUGGCUACAAGGGCUUAUUGCUGCUGCUUGGCAUCUUCCUCGCCUAUGAGACCAAAUCUAUCUCUACAGAGAAGAUAAAUGACCACCGAGCCGUGGGAAUGGCCAUCUAUAACGUCUCUGUUUUGUGCAUGAUUACAGCUCCUGUCACCAUGAUCCUGUCCUCGAAGCAAGACGCCUCUUUCGCGUUCGCUUCUCUCGCCAUCGUGUUCUCCGUCUACAUCACACUGGUCGUGCUUUUCGUCCCCAAGAUGCGAAGGUUAAUCACACGUGGCGAGUGGCAGUCCGAUCAGCAGGAGACCAUGAAGACCGGAUCGUCCACGAAUAACAACGACGAAGAAAAAUCCCGCCAGCUGGAGCGAGAGAACAAAGAGCUGCAGAAGAUCAUCCAAGAGAAGGAAGAGCGUGUGUCCGAACUGAGGAAUCAGCUGUCAGAGCGACAAGCUUUACGCUCUCGGAGACGUCCGUCGUCCACCAACCUGAACCACAGCACCCCUCCACUUCCAAUCUCCCACACUGACCCCAAAUCUCUCCUUCCUCCUCCCGGAUACCCUCUUCCCACCUCGGACAAUCACUCUCUCCCUCCGACUUUCUCCAACUCUACCAGUGUUUACCAGCCAGAUGGCAAGAUCACCCGCAACAACUGCCACCCCAGCCGCCUGCAGCUCCUCUACAAGUGAGGCGACUAAAGAUCAAAGAAUGCGGCAGGAAGAAGACCUGAACUAAAAAGGGAGAAGGGGCACAAAUCUGUUCAUCAUCUACCUGUAUUCUUGUCUUAUUCCUUGGUGUUUGUUCCCUCAUUUUGAAACAUUUUGGUGACGGAACAAGCAGCAAUCACGGCAGAGUCGCUCUUGUUCGAGCUGCAUGUGUGUGGAAGUUUUCUUCUCUGAGAAAAGCUAACUCUCAAAAGCAUUCUUUGGAAACGUUUCACAGAGCGGAUCAUAAACCUCUAAUAUGAGGUAUCUGGUAUCUUAAAUGGUUUUUGAAAUGCCAUUUUCAUAGCUGAGCUACCUGAUCACAUGGCAUGUCUCGGCAUGUUUUAAUGGAGCUGGAAAGUGCUUUUUUAUGUAGGAAAUGUAAGAGGAGGAUUUGAAUUGGUGUUGAAUCUUCCUGAACAGUAAUUAUUAUAGUCUCACUUCCCCAAUCUUAAACCUUUUUUCCACAGGAGGUGUUAGAAGGGAAAUCUGUCGAUUUUGCAACCGUGUCCUUUUUUUACCGUGACAUCAUUGCUCAUUCCCUGAGGCUUGCAGCUAGUAGCAUUGCAUAAUUAAUCUGUAAAAGUAUUUACAAGCUCUUGGAAUCUGGUGUUUCUUUUGGCUAUUUUGGAGUUGGACAAGUGAUACCAGAGCUGUCCUUGUCUAACCUUGGGGUGGAUCAUCUACUUUCGGAUGUAAUGAUCAAACAUAAUAAGCAUUUACAGCUUCUGGUGGUGGAGUGUGUUCACUAAACAUGCUGGUCUUCAGCAGAUGAACAAGGUGUUGUUAGGAUAACACCUUGUAAGGUGUUGUACGCCUUGAAGUUGUCAAGCACAGUGUUACAAAGCACCUUCACUCAUGCUCAUCCUGGAAUACGGUUCCAUUUAUGAGCAAUUAAAAACCCGAUCGUAUUUUAUUUCCGAGCACAAAUUUGUUUUCAUUCAAGGCCCAAUCUAAACAGAUGCUCAGAAAUGACGUGCAUCGGUUAUGGCUGCAGUCGCUCGGCCUCCCACAGUUUAGUGCAGUAAACGUUUCAGAGUUUGCAGAUGUUGCACUGUUGCGUGCUUAAAAAGCCUAUUGUGGCAGAUUGCAUGUGUGUGAUUUGAUUGAUUUCUUUUAGCUUAUCUUUUAUCCUCCACACAGUCGAAAGCCUUAGAUGUAAUCUACCAGCUGCUAUAAUCCAGUUAGCGACAUAUCUCAACGACUCCUGCACAGAAGCAUAUUCGUUUCAUGCGGACCAGCCACGUUAUUAUGUAAUAUAAACCCCCCCACACUUAAAAUGAAAGCCCUUUGAGUUCAACAAAGAGAGGGGAUUACUGUGGAAUGCAUCACAUGAGUCAUAAAACAACACCUCACUUAUUUCUGUCACUUCCUACAGUUUCCUCUCAGUACAAAUCCCAGUCUUGUGGUUUCAUACUGACUUUUGAUGAGAAGAACCCAGGGUUGAGGUACUUUUUUCUGAGAAGCUCUUACCUGUUGCCUUCUCUUUCUGGUCUCCUUGAAUUGUGCAGUCUUUUUUAAGUAUGUGGGGGUGGGAAUGUCAUUCGUAGUGUUUGAAAUACCAGCUUCGAUCCACAGCCUGUGUGACUUAUAUCUUUAAGUUGACUCACGGCCUUUUGAUUCGCCUCGGACUGCACAGAAUCGGGUCCCGAAAGGAUUCGUUGCAUAAAGUAACACAGCGUUAUUCAUCUGUUUACAUGAAUUUGUUUAAAACAAAGGCACGGUAACAAGAUAUUUGAGUUUAUAUUUAAUUAUCUAUUCAUUCUUAGAUGGCAGCAUCUGAUUCUGGCAUCUUCGAAUCCAUUGAAAAGAAACUCCAGCUGUAAUCGUCCAGAUGUUAUGCACAUAUCAAGUGUGUUCUUGUUAACUGUGUUCUCCUGCACAUGCGAUAUAAAGUGUGUACGGUAAAUCGUAUUCCCCGUGUGGUAUUGAAAGUAUAUUUCUAUUCACCGUUAUAGACUUGAGAUGUUCAGAUUCUGUCAGAUGAAACAGAAUUGGUGUCUAUGGAUAAAUAAAUAAAGAGAAUUGUUUUUUA